AUGGCGAAGGGUAGUUGCAUGUGUGACGAGGUCCACUAUGAAUAUACUGGCGAACCUGCAGUAACAGCUCUCUGCCACUGUACCGACUGCCAGAAAUGGACCGGCGCAGCUUACACCUCCAACGUCGUCGUCCCUCGCAAAAGCUUCAACGUCACGAAGGGAAAGCCCAAGGACUAUGAUGCCGUCGGUGCAUCUGGAAAGAUCAACAAGCAUUGGUUCUGCUCAACCUGUGGCUCCUCUUUGUACACUGAGUUGGAGAUCAUGCCAGACAUGACUUGUGUGAAGAGCGGAAGUUUGGAUGGAGGUGCUGCGAACCAUGAUAUCAAGGUUGAGUUCUACAACAAGGACAGAUUGGGAUACACUAAGCCAGUUGAGGGAGCGGACCAGAAGUCUGAGUUCUCUUAG